AUGGUACCUGUUGUAAGCGGUGCUCGACAGUUGGUACUAGUCGGUGAUCACUGCCAACUGGGCCCAGUGGUCAUGUGCAAAAAGGCGGCGAAAGCUGGCUUGUCGCAGUCACUCUUCGAGCGUCUUGUUCUGCUUGGCAAUCGUCCAAUUCGUUUGCAAGUGCAAUAUCGCAUGCACCCUGCGCUUUCAUCGUUCCCAAGCAAUGUUUUCUACGAGGGCAGUUUACAAAACGGCGUCACGGAAGGUGAGCGGCAGUUGACCGGAAUCAGUUGGCGUUGGCCAGUACCGGAUAAGCCAAUGAUGUUUUGGAGCUGCUGUGGACAAGAGGAACUCAGUUCCUCAGGCACAUCCUAUUUAAAUCGAGCUGAGGCAGCAAGUGUUGAGAAAAUAGCAACGCGUUUCUUGAAGGCGGGACUUAAACCUGAACAGAUCGGCAUCAUCACUCCGUACGAAGGCCAACGAUCCUAUAUCGUACAAUUUAUGCAGUCGCAAGGGUCACUUCAUUCUAGGCUGUACAUGGAAAUAGAAGUCGCAAAUGUGGAUGCUUUCCAGGUACGCACAUUUUCACCCUUGACUGACCGGCCCUGUGUUUUUGAGAUAUUUGCCUUUUUAUUUUUCUUAAAAAAAGCGGGUGCAGAUUUUAAACCGAUGGUUUCCUUAUUUUUGUCCACAUGCCGGUUUUUUGCCAGCCAAGUUUUGACCAGUUAUUAUUAUUUCUUAUUAUUUAUCAUUAUUAUUGGUUUAUUCUUAUUAUCAUUAUUUUCACCCUGGAGUAUCUCUUUUCGUGUAAUUCUCUUCCCUCAUAAUUCUUCAGUUGCUGCACCAGCCCAUCUGUUUUCUCAGGAUGGCUUUUUUCUUCGAUUUUGA